AGUUGCGUUUAUUCUCCUCCGCCUCCUCAAGAGAGAGCAGGGAUUACACCAAUUCUCCGCUCUGUAACGGAAUUGCUCCAUCAUGCCGUCUAAUCAGAAUGUACAAGGUGGAAAGGCGUUUGGAUUGUUGAAAGUGCAGCAGAGAGAGAAGCUUGAAGAAGUGAACAGGGAAUUCCUGGAGGAUCAGAAGUACAGCGAUGAGGAGGAUUUGGCAGAGAAGCUGGAUUCCUUCAAAAACAAAUAUGCAGAAUUUGAUCUCAACGAUGAGGGAGAGAUCGAUAUGAUGGGUCUGAAGAGGAUGAUGGAGAAGCUUGGUGUUCCCAAGACCCACUUGGAGAUGAAGAAGAUGAUCUCAGAGGUGACUGGUGGCAGCAGCGACACCAUCAACUACAGAGACUUUGUCAAGAUGAUGCUGGGGAAGCGCUCAGCUGUGCUGAAAUUGGUGAUGAUGUUUGAGGACAAGGCUAACAGCCCUGCUUGCAAACCAGAUGGUCCACCACCAAAACGUGACAUUGCCAGCCUACCGUAGAGGAGCAGAGACCACCAGUUCCCACCUAUUUCAAAUCCAGUGGGCUAAGUGUACAUAGCCUUAAUCAACAUCAUUUCUAAGAAAAUAAGGGAAAAUCUGAGGUUUCGAGAAAGUUGGAGGGGAUACAUGCCGAUAAAAGAAGAAAUAUCUAUAUAACUUUGCUCUGAAGAGGUCAAACUGCAGAUUAACUUUUUUUAUAAGUCAAGAAAUGUAUAUAUUUAUAUGGAAAUAGGUCUUUUUGAAGUGUACUUAUUCCUUUUAAUGGAGUUGUUUGAUGAAAAUGAACGAAGUGUGUUUGUUAACAGUGCAGUGUGUAACAUUCGAAUGUGUAUUAAGCGUAGUGUGUGGAAUAAGACCAUUUUAUUUCCGAAAAUGUCACAAUAUUUUAAUUUAGAAUUAAAAUUGAGGUGUUUGUCUUCCUUUCCACAUGUUCAUUUUUGAGUGCUUUUGCAUUAGCCAGACAAGUCUAAUUAAAUUAAAUGAAAGCAUUUGGUGUUAUCACUAACCUUUACUGCAAUAUCCAGUCAAGUAAGUUGUAAGGUAAUGCUAAUAAUACCUAUAGGCCUUUUAGGACAGUUAGAAGUACAGUAUUUACACUCACCAUCCACUUUAAUAGGAAAAUGUGAUUUCAGUAUUGGUGAUAGACAGGCUGGUUUGAGAUAAGAAACGAGCUGAAAGGAAGGCUAUGAUAACUCAUAAUCCCUCUUUAUAAGUUCUAUGAGCAGAAAAAGCAUCUCAGAAUACAUAACACACCAAACCUUGAGAUGGAUGAGCUCCAACAGCAGAAGACCACAUCAGGUUCCACUCCUAUCAGCAAAGAAGAGGAAUCUGAGGUUACAUUGGAUUGGGCACAGGCUCUUUGAAACUGGACAUGGGAAUGUUUUUCCCCAUCCUAAACUAUCCAAUUUCUGUGAACCUGUGCCCACUUAUAGCCUCAGCAGAUUCUGAAAUAAUCAAAGCAGUCCUUCUGGCACUAACAACCAUGCCAUGGUCAAAGUUCAUAAUUCUUCCCCAUUCUGAUGUUUGAUAUGGACAUUAGCUCAAGCUUGUUACUUAUGUCAGCAUGAUUUUAUGCAUUGCGUUGGAUAAUUUUUGUGGUCUGAAUUUCCAUUUCCAGAGAGGGACCAAUAAAGCGCAGGGGGAGGAUUCACAGGGUUUUACUAAAUGAAUGAGUAGCAAGUUUCAUUCCUUCUAGCUUAAAUACCUCAUUGCCUUCCAUUCAUCUUUCAUCCUCUUGGUGUGUUUCUCCCCCCCCAGUCUGUGAACUUGUCCCGUUUAAAAUGUGAUGAGUACUUUUAGUGAAACACUGUUAGCUAAGCACAAAACAAUGUGUAGUUUGUUUCACACACACAGGAUCCAUUUUAUAUUUGUCAAGACUGAUGCAUCACAUUUGGAAAAAUACCAUAUUUCUACAUACAUUUAACCAGGGUCACCUUCUGCUUACUGUAAAUUAAGUUGAAAUCAGGCUUUCCAAGUGCCUCACACAGUUCUGAUGUAGCCAGUUUAUGCUUGGUGUGUACAAAAUGGUUUAGUGUGGAAAAUUUUUUCGGUCUACUAGUCUUUAAUUUUAUUUGUCACUCCCACAUGCAUUUUUUGCUCAACUUACUGAUUGUACUGUUCUCAAAAAUUAUUCCAUUUGUGGUAUUUAUUUCAUAAUUCUUUACAUUACUUUUCUGUAAUUAAAUAGCACAGUUGCUUAUUGUAACAAAAGAGGCUGAAUUUCCGAAUUAACUGUUUUUUCCACACUUCCUGAUGUAUCUCUUGGCCAAUAAGCUCAUGUAUUUCCAAACAUUUUAUAAUUUUAUGUAGUCUAUGUAGAAAAUGUACAUCUGUUUGAUUUUUUUCAUUCCUUUUUAAGCGCAAAAUUUGAAAAUAUGAAUUAGCAGUGGCACUGUAUUUUUUUGUGUUUAGAUUAUUAUUAGUAGUAGUAGUAGUCUGUCGAAAAUUACUUUCAGCAUAUAAUAAAUGCAGGCAUUUUUUAUACUGUAGGUCACAUGGCUUUUGUUUGGCUGGGUUUUGUUUUUUGUUUGUUUUUUGUUUUUUCCAAACGCCAAAGGAAAUAAAGAUCAUGGUGACACUGGAUGUUGCUUGUAAAUGUCA